CACUUUCUCGGGCUCUUUCUCUUCAUGAUGAACUCUGCCGCAUAUCUCUCCGGAGAAGUCGAUAAGCUCGUCGCAAUCCCUGGCAUCCCAUUCCCUCAAUACUAUGAGUUCUUCAUGGACUGGAAGACCCCAAUUGCAAUUGCAUCCACAUACGCUCUCACCGUCAGUCUCUUGAACCCUCCUCCUUCUGCCUCAAAGCUCUCCAGAGUUGAAGCCAAGAACCGUGGUGUCCAGGAUACAUCCAAGUCCUCUGGACUCAUGACAGCCUUUGUAUUCUUGCACAACCUCUCCCUUUCCAUCUACUCCAUGAUCACUUUCUACAACAUGGCCAAGGGUAUGCACCGUUCCUUCAACAGAGGACAGACUCUUCAUGAUGCUUACUGCGAUAAAGAUAGCUUCUUGUGGAACGAUUCUCUUGCCUACUGGGGAUACAUCUUCUAUCUCUCCAAGUUCUAUGAAGUCAUUGACACUAUCAUCAUUCUUCUCAAGGGCCGUCGCUCAUCUCUCCUCCAGACCUACCACCACUCUGGUGCCAUGAUCACCAUGUGGGCCGGUAUCCGUUAUCAGGCACAGCCCAUCUGGAUCUUUGUCGUCUUCAACUCCUUUGUCCACUCUGUUAUGUACCUUUACUAUGCCAUGACCUGUGUUGGCAUUCACCCUCCCGGAAAGCGUUACAUUACAACCAUGCAGAUCACCCAGUUCCUUGUUGGCACAACCACUGCCGUCAGCUACUUCUUUAUUCCCUCCUGCCUCACAACCCCUGGUCAGCAUUUCGGUGUCGCCGUCAAUGUUGCCUAUCUCUUCCCUCUCACCUACCUCUUUGUUGACUUUGCUCGCAAGACAUACGGCAAGCGCAAGUUAGCAGCCAAGAAGACCAACUAAAGUAAAAGAACAGAAGAAGAGGGAUCCUUUGCUUUAGCGGAAAAAAACUCUUCUUUCUUUUAUCAUUCCUUUCCUUUCCUUUCUUUCCUCUUUCUCUCAAUUCAACCAGCAACACCAACACGAACAAAUGCCAUAAUCAUCAUCAACAACAACAACAACAACAACAACAACAAAAAAGGGUUUAAAGGUUGGAGAAAAGGGAGAGGUUUGAAAAAUAAGGAAAUCCAUACAUCUUUAUCAUUCAAACAACAUAUUCAUUGCUUUCAAAAAAAAACUUUUUUUUCUUUAAUUCUCUUUUACACAUUCAUGUAAUUCAUAUUAUAUAAACCGAGAGAUUUAUAUAUAUAUAUAUAUUUUUAAAAAAAAAUUAAAGAAACAUAAAUAAAUAUCACAUUUUACUACU